GCUCCUAAUAUAACAAAGUACACAUUUCAAUUUCACUCCCAAAACUACCCAAACCCAAACCCUUUUGCAAUUGCUUCUGCAACCCUCUCAGAUCGCUCGUUCCGUUAAGUACCAUUCUCAAGCCCUAACCCUAACCCUAGCUGUUGCAAUUAUUCGUCAAUUCAGUUCCUAUUCGCGCAACCAUGGCUACGACUUUGGUGAGUUCCGCAGGUGGGAUGCUGGCUAUGCUUAACGAGCCCCACCUCUCGCUCAAGCUUCACGCGCUCUCCAACCUCAACAACUUGGUCGACACCUUCUGGCCCGAGAUCUCCACUAGUCUGCCUAAGAUAGAGAGUUUGCAUGAAGAUGAGGAGUUUGAUCAACAUCAAAGGCAACUUGCUGCUCUUCUGGUGUCAAAGGUCUUUUAUUACUUGGGUGAACUUAAUGACUCGUUAUCCUAUGCCCUCGGAGCUGGUCCUCUUUUUGAUGUUUCAGAGGAUUCUGAUUAUGUUCACACACUUCUUGCUAAGGCCAUAGAUGAAUAUGCUAGUCUAAAGUCGAAGGCAGCUGAGUCAAGUGAUGAAUCUGUCAAAGUGGACCCAAGGUUGGAAGCCAUUGUGGAGAGACUGUUGGAUAAGUGUAUCGUGGAUGGAAAAUACCAGCAAGCUAUGGGAACGGCUAUUGAAUGCAGGAGAUUGGAUAAACUAGAGGAGGCAAUUACAAGGAGUGACAAUGUUCAAGGAACUCUAUCAUAUUGCAUUUAUGUCUCUCAUUCCUUUGUUAACCUUAGGGAAUACAGACAGGAGGUUCUUCGUCUUCUUGUUAAGGUGUUUCAAAAGCUUCCUUCACCAGAUUAUCUGAGUAUUUGUCAGUGUCUUAUGUUCUUGGAUGAGCCGGAGGGUGUUGCAAGCAUACUAGAGAAACUUUUACGUUCUGAAAACAAAGAUGAUGCUCUUUUGGCAUUUCAAAUUGCUUUUGAUUUGGUAGAGAAUGAGCACCAAGCUUUUCUUCUAAAUGUUAGAGAUCGCCUAUCACCAGCUAAGUCUCAGCCUUCAGAAGCUGCACAGCCAAAACCCAGUGACGCAGAUUCUACUCAAAAUGCUAGUGCGAGUGGACAGGAUGAUGUUCAAAUGACGGAUGGUGAUUCUGCGCCUACAGUUGAUGUGCCAGAGGAUCCAAUUGAAACCAUGUAUGCUGAGAGGUUAAACAAAAUAAAGGGAAUUUUGUCUGGGGAAACUUCAAUACAACUGACUCUGCAGUUCCUUUACAGUCAUAACAAGUCUGACCUGCUUAUUCUGAAGACAAUAAAGCAGUCUGUGGAGAUGAGAAAUAGUGUCUGUCACAGUGCCACAAUUUAUGCCAAUGCAAUUAUGCAUGCUGGAACAACUGUGGAUACUUUCCUCAGGGAAAAUCUGGAUUGGUUGAGCAGAGCUACUAACUGGGCCAAAUUUAGUGCAACUGCUGGUCUCGGUGUUAUCCAUAGAGGCCAUUUGCAGCAGGGAAGGUCACUGAUGGCACCCUACUUACCUCAGGGUGGGACUGGAGGUGGUGGUAGUCCAUAUUCAGAAGGCGGUGCUCUGUAUGCCCUUGGUCUUAUUCAUGCUAACCAUGGAGAGGGCAUCAAACAAUUUCUUCGUGAUAGCCUGCGCAGUACCAGUGUUGAGGUCAUUCAACAUGGUGCAUGUUUAGGUCUUGGAUUGGCAUCAUUGGGAACUGCUGAUGAGGAUAUCUAUGAAGAAAUAAAGAACGUUCUCUACACUGAUAGUGCUGUUGCUGGUGAGGCUGCUGGUAUCAGUAUGGGUUUACUCAUGGUUGGAACUGGUAGUGACAAGGCAAAUGAGAUGCUCACUUAUGCGCAUGAGACCCAACAUGAAAAGAUUAUUAGGGGGCUAGCUUUGGGAAUAGCACUUACUGUUUAUGGGAGAGAAGAGGAAGCGGACACAUUGAUUGAGCAAAUGACUCGUGAUCAGGAUCCAAUAUUGCGUUAUGGUGGCAUGUAUGCAUUGGCCUUGGCGUACAGAGGAACAGCAAACAAUAAGGCAAUUCGCCAGUUACUGCACUUUGCUGUAUCUGAUGUGAGUGAUGAUGUUAGGAGGACUGCAGUUCUAGCCUUAGGUUUUGUGUUGUACUCUGAUCCGGAACAGACUCCACGAAUUGUUUCCCUCCUAUCAGAGUCUUACAAUCCACAUGUUCGAUAUGGGGCAGCACUUGCUGUGGGUAUUUCCUGUGCUGGUACUGGUCUCAGUGAGGCUAUCUCUUUAUUGGAGCCUUUAACUUCGGAUGUUGUUGAUUUUGUUCGUCAAGGUGCUCUUAUAGCAAUGGCUAUGGUCAUGGUUCAGAUCAGUGAAGCUAGUGACUCACGAGUUGGAACAUUUAGGCGACAGUUGGAGAAAAUUAUCCUUGACAAGCACGAGGAUACCAUGAGCAAGAUGGGAGCAAUUUUGGCCUCAGGAAUCCUUGAUGCUGGUGGCAGAAAUGUGACCAUAAGGCUACUUUCUAAGACAAAACAUGAUAAAAUUACUGCAGUGGUUGGUCUUGCAGUUUUUAGCCAAUUUUGGUAUUGGUACCCUCUUAUCUAUUUUGUAAGCCUGGCUUUUUCCCCCACAGCUUUUAUUGGUCUGAACUAUGACCUGAAAUCUCCUAAAUUUGAGUUCUUGUCACAUGCAAAGCCUUCACUUUUUGAAUAUCCUAAGCCUACUACCGUUCCUACCACUACUUCAACGGUGAAGCUUCCCACUGCUGUUCUGUCAACAUCAGCUAAGGCUAAAGCUAGGGCUAAGAAAGCUGAAGAGCAGAAGGCAAAUGCUGAAAUUUCAUCCGCUCCUGACUCUUCAUCUGCACCGAGUGGUGGAAAAGGGAAGUCAUCCAGUGAAAAGGAUGGAGAUUCAAUGCAGGUUGAUAGCCCAACGACGGAGAAGAAAUCAGAACCCGAGUCAUCUUUUGAGAUUCUGACUAAUCCUGCAAGGGUGGUUCCUGCGCAGGAGAAGGUUAUUAAAUUUUUGCAGGACAGCAGAUAUGUUCCAGUUAAGUUGGCACCUUCAGGAUUUGUGCUUCUCAAAGACUUGCGUCCUACUGAGCCAGAAGUUCUUGCUCUCACUGAUACGCCCUCAUCAACCACCACUUCAGCUGCUGGUGGGUCAGCAACUGGAUUGCAGAGUUCUUCAUCAGCCAUGGCUGUGGAUGAGGAACCUCAACCUCCUCAACCAUUUGAAUACAGCUCAUGAGUUUGGUCCUGAUUCCGCAAAGUUCAAAUAUUCAUCAUAGUGCUUGUGAUAAAUUGGUUCGUCAGAGAAGAGUAGGUACCUGAAUGGUUCAGCUCAACUGCACUGUUGCCUAUUUUAAGUCGAUUUCUGGGGCUAUAAAUUUCAUUUUUCCUUAAUGCACUAUACUGUGGUAUUUGCUCCAAUAUGUAGUUAAUAUCUGAACCAGUUCGGCGCAGAAGCAGCGUGCGGCCAACCUGAUGUGUUAAUUUGUUUUUUAUCGUCUCCGAUUUGUUUUCGACGAA